CCUCACUCGCCAUGGCGGCGGAGCGCCUUCGGGAUGCGGGGACGGCCGGGGAAACAAGAUGGCGCCCUGCCGUUCCUCAACGUGGCCGCGGCGCACCGCCCCCGGGCACCGCCCCCACCCAAGAGAGCGGGGCCUCGUCCCCGCCCCCUUCCAAUGUGGUGUCACCCUGUGGCGCAGUCUGCACGUUGUAGUCGGGAUGUCGGUUGCGGCCUCAGCUUCCCGCGGGCUCCGGAGCCUCCUGCUGCGGCGACUGAUGGCCAACCAUGCCCCCCACCUCAGCUUCCGUCCCUUGAGCUCCUCUAAGGAGCUUGCAGCAACCCCGGCAAAAGAACACGACUAUGAGUCCCUCAAAGUGACCGAAGCUGGGGACCAUGUCCUGCACGUGGAGAUAAACCGGCCAGAAAAGAGGAAUGCCAUGAACAAGGCGUUCUGGAGGGAGAUGGUGGAAUGUUUCAACAAGAUUGCCAAGGACCCCCAUUGCAGGGCUGUGGUGUUUUCGGGGGCUGGAAAGAUGUUCUCAUCAGGUAUUGACCUUAUGGAUAUGAGUGGAGAGCUGAUCCAGCCACAAGGGCAGGACACAGCCCGGGUCAGUUGGAAUUUACGAGAAUUUAUUGCCCAACACCAGGAGACCUUCAAUGUCAUUGAGAAGUGCCCCAAGCCUGUCAUCGCUGCUAUCCAUGGUGGUUGCAUUGGAGCAGGAGUGGACCUCAUCACUGCCUGUGAUAUCAGAUACUGUGCUGAGGAUGCCUGGUUCCAGGUGAAGGAGGUAGACAUUGGUCUGGCUGCAGAUGUGGGGACACUCCAGCGUCUGCCCCGGGUCAUGGGGAGCCAAAGCCUGGUGAACGAGUUGGUCUUCACUGCCCGAAAGAUGAUGGCUGAUGAAGCUGUGAGCAGCGGGCUGGUCAGCCGAGUGUUUAAGGACCGUGAGUCCCUCCUGGCAGGGGCCCUUGCUCUGGCCGAUGAAAUCUCCAGCAAGAGCCCUGUGGCUGUGCAGAGCAGCAAAGUCAACCUGAUCUACUCCCGGGACCACUCCGUGCCCGAAAGUCUCAACUUCAUGACUGCUUGGAAUAUGAGUAUGCUGCAGACGGAAGACAUAGUCAAGUCGGUCCAGGCUGCCUUGGAGAAGAAGGAGCUGAAGAGCAUCAGCUUCUCCAAACUCUGAAUGCUCUUUGCCCUGCCCCAUCCCCCACCCCCACCCCCACCCUGUGAUCCUAGAGACCAUUCUAGCCCCCUUUGCCCUAUUGAAAAGGGCUUUGUAGCUCACAGCAUUCUUCUCGUGGUGGGGGUUGGUCACCCAAAGUCACACAAGGCAGCAAGUUUGGGUAGGAGACAGAUUGGAGCUGCAUCCCCUGCCUUUUUUUGGCCCCCUGCACACCACGAGGCCCCCCCCCCCACUUCCCUUCAGAGGGGUAUGUGUGUGUGGUGGGGCUGGGGGGGGGGGACGACCUAUCUCUGUAAUAAAGUCAUUCUGUGAACACAGUGA